UUGCACCAGUUCAGCACUACAGCUGAAAAGAACAGACCAUUGAUCUGUCCUUUUUGGAUGUACUACUGAACUGGUGCAAUAAAUUAGAGUGAAACAAAUACACUUUUUCUCACUCUAACUUAUUGCACUAGUGCAGCAGUGCAGCUAAAAAGAACAGAGAUAUGCCUACAUUUAUCGGCGAAAUUCCUAACCCCCAAGAGAGAGAGAGAGAAUUUCUUAACCUCUUUAAGUUGGGGACAUAUUAAAACUGUCAUCUUCCUAAACUGUGAUUUUAGAUAUAGUCCGUGGAAAUAAGUAUUUUCUUAGCAGUGUUCAACAAAAAAUAAAUGCAAACGAUUUUUAUAAUAAUUAUAAUAGAUUGAAUUGAUAGUCAAGAACUAUGGCUGCAAGGUCUAUUUUGAGGAAUUUGAAGAGUCUACAUUCCAUCACUUUCAAAUGCUAUGGCACCUGGAGCAGAUCAAGACAUUUCAAGUAUAUUGGAGCAGGUAUCGUGACAGGUCUCGCAGCUUACAGUGCAUCCAGCAUUACAGUUAUAGCAGCGCAGGACAACCUGGAUAAUUGCAUCAGCACUUUCAUGUCAACAACUAUAACAGAUGUGGAGAAGCUGAAGAAGAGCCAGGAUAAUAUGAGAACCAAGAUGGAACUAUUGGUGAUGAAGACGCAAGCAGAUUUCUGCAGAGCAUUGGAAUCACUGGAGAGUGACGGCACCUUCAAAGUGGACCGCUGGACUAGGAAAGAGGGUGGCGGCGGCGUCACUUGCGUGUUGCAAAACGGGCAGGUAUUCGAGAAAGCCGGCGUUAACGUCUCCGUGGUGAACGGCGUGUUGCCAGCAGGCGCUAUCCAGCAGAUGAGAGCACGCGGCAAAAAGAUGCAGGAUUCAGUGACGUUCUUCGCGGCUGGCGUGAGUGCCGUGAUUCAUCCGCGCAACCCCAUGAUCCCGACGAUUCACUUCAACUACCGUUACUUCGAGGUGGAGAACCAGGAUGGCAGCACUCAAUGGUGGUUUGGCGGCGGCACCGAUCUCACGCCGUAUUACUUGAACGAGGAGGACACCCGGCAUUUUCACAAGACGCUGAAAGCCGCCUGCGACAAACACGAUCCGUCGUAUUACGCCACGUUCAAGGAGUGGUGCGACAAUUACUUUCACAUCGUGCACCGGGGAGAACGACGCGGCGUGGGCGGCAUAUUCUUCGACGACCUCGAGACGCCGAGUCAAGAGGAGGCGUUCCAAUUCGUGAGCUCGUGCGCUGAGGCGGUCGUCCCGUCGUACAUUCCCCUGGUGAAGAAACACAAGGACGACGGCUACGGGUAUCACGAGAGGCAGUGGCAGCUGUUGCGCCGUGGCAGAUACGUGGAGUUUAACCUGAUCUACGACCGCGGCACCAAGUUCGGCUUGUACACACCCGGCGCGAGAUACGAGAGCAUACUGAUGUCGCUACCCUUGAACGCCAAGUGGGAGUACAUGCACGAACCAGAGGCUGGUUCCAAGGAGUCGCAACUUCUGGAAGUGCUUAGGAAUCCGCGAGACUGGUUGGGCGAAGCGAAACCAAAAUCUUGAGAACGUGUAAACUAACAUAACGCAGAAAUGUAUGUUCUCAGGAAUUUGAAAAAUUGAUUGGGCAAAACAAAAUUGAAAUCACGAGAACGUACAAGAUGAACAGUAAAAAGAAUAUUAAAGAUUUCCAACGAUGAGAAGGAAUUUUGCAAAUUGAGUUAGCGAAUAUAUAAAUAUAUAUUCUGGAUCAUACAUGGGAUUUAAAUGAUUAUUGGAAAUCCAAUCAUAUUUUAUUAGAGCUUUAAGGUUUGGAAAUUGAGGGGCUUUCAUAAAGUAUUAAGUAUUGUAUAAAUAUGUUGGGGAUAAUGUAUAGAAUAAACUCUGGUCUUGUACAAUAUACAUGUAUAAUUAGUCA